CCGGUGGAGCGGAGCGUCCUGUUCGAGCUGCAGCUCUUCUUCUGCCACCUGGUCGCCCUCUUCGUACACUACAUCAACAUCUACAAGACGGUGUGGUGGUACCCGCCCUCGCACCCGCCCUCGCACACCUCGCUGAACUUCCAUCUCAUCGACUUCAACGUGCUGACGGUGACGACCAUCGUCCUUGCGCGCCGGCUGAUCGGUGCCAUCGUGAAGGAGGCUUCACAGAGCGGCAAAGUCUCCCUGCCGCGCUCUGUCCUCCUGGUGAUCACUCGCUUUGCUGUUCUCACCGGGACAGGUUGGAGCCUGUGCCAAUCAAUAAUUCACCUCUUCCGGACCUACUCAUUCCUCAAUCUCCUGUUCCUGUGUUACCCGUUCGGCAUGUACAUUCCCUUCCUCCAGCUGAACUGUGACUUCAGGAAGACAGGCCUCUUCUCACAGGUGGCCAACAUUGGCCCGCGAGAGACUGGGGACAUGAGCUCCCGGGGCAAGGACUACCUGACAGUACUGAAGGAGACAUGGAAGCAGCACACCAGGCAGAUGUACGGCAUGGAGGCCAUGCCCACCCAUGCCUGCUGCCUCUCCCCGGACCUGAUCCGCAACGAGGUGGAGUACCUGAAGAUGGACUUCAACUGGAGGAUGAAGGAGGUGCUGGUGAGCUCCAUGCUCAGUGCCUACUACGUUGCCUUUGUGCCAGUCUGGUUUGUGAAGAACACGCAGUACUAUGACAAGCGGUGGUCAUGCGAGCUGUUCCUCCUGGUCUCCAUCAGCACCUCUGUGAUUCUGAUGCAGCAUCUCCUGCCGGCCCGGUACUGUGACCUCCUCCACAAAGCCGCGGCUCACCUGGGCUGCUGGCAGAAGGUGGAUCCGGCCCUCUGCUCCAAUGUGCUCCAGCACCAGUGGACGGAGGAGUGCAUGUGGCCUCAGGGGGUGCUGGUGAAACACAGCAAGAACGUGUACAAGGCCGUGGGCCAUUACAACGUGGCUGUGCCGUCUGACGUUUCCCACUUCCGCUUCCACUUCUUUUUCAGCAAACCCCUGAGAAUCCUGAACAUCUUAAUCGUGUUGGAAGGAGCCGUCAUCUUCUACCAGCUCUACUCCCUGAUUUCUUCGGAGAAGUGGCACCAGACCAUCUCGCUGGCUCUGAUCCUCUUCAGCAAUUACUACGCCUUCUUCAAGCUGCUGCGGGACCGGCUGGUGCUGGGAAAAGCUUACUCAUACUCGGCCAGCAGAGACUCAGAGCAGAAGCUAAACUGAAGCACUUGGCCUGCUCCGCAGCUUGUUACAAAAAAAAACAAAACAGGAAAAAAAAAAACCCCAAAACAACCAACCUCAGAGCUUUGUAUUUUUGUUACCACUGCUUUUUUUCUUUGAUAACUGAUGUAAUUAAAAGGAAAAACCAUAUUUUUUUACUCCCAA